GCCGUGAUGGCUUAUCUGGGUUAAAAGCACGCGUAGAUGUCAAGCGCAUCUGACUUUGCGUUUGUACAGAAUUCAUAAGCGCUGUGAAACGGCACACAACCAACCCUCGAGUCUCUCGGCUGCUUGGCAACAGUUUCCUCCGCGCGCGAUACCGCGAGAAGAGCCGAGAACGCAACAAGACAACAAAAAUAAAUCCAGCGGACAACAACCCGGGAGUACAUGAUGGCGUCGCUGCUGCGCCGGGACAAGAAAUCUACAGCUGCCCACCUGAAGGCCGAGCUGAAUCGGCCGGAUAACAGCGCGGGGCUACGCCAGCUUCAGGAGCUGCUCGACUGCUUGCUAAACCUGGAGAGGCCAGCUGGCGACAGCGAGGCCCUAGAAUGGUGUCGGUGCCUAUUGGCCGGAGGGGACGGCUUCGAGGAAUUCUGUAAGACGGUGCGCUCCUAUGACAACGCCACCUUGUGCGGCUUGGUGUGGACAGCCAACUUCGUGGCGUACCGCUGCCGGACCUGCGGCAUCUCCCCUUGCAUGUCACUGUGCGCCGAGUGCUUCAAUAAUGGGGACCACACAGGCCACGACUUCAAUAUGUUCCGGAGUCAGGCUGGCGGGGCCUGCGACUGCGGGGACAGCAAUGUCAUGCGUGAAAGUGGGUUUUGUAAACGACAUCGAUCUAAAACUGGAGCAAAUGUUCCCUUAGUUCCCAAAGAGCUGCUGACGAUGUCUGAGAUGAUUCUUCCCAGAUUCAUCAUCAGUAUCAUUCAAUAUUUGAGAGAUGGCUACAUGGAACCAGAUCCAUUAUCAGACAGGGAUCUUCAGAAGGUUCUUCAGCAGCUUGAACCACAAAUUUCCUUUUUGGAAGAAUUAACUAAGAUGGGUGGAGCAAUGCGCACAGUGCUGACCAAGGUCUUAACAAACCAACAGACAUACUCGGAACUGAGCGUGGGACAAGAAGAAAACCUAAAUUCAACAAAAAAUUAUGAAAAAUACCUUUCAGCUCUUAAAAGUUCUGGAUUAGCAUCUGCUGAGGAUAAAACCAUACAUGAACCAUCUGCACCUAGUGCACUAUGUAGUCUUGGUGCAACAGCAAAUGAAGAUCAGCUUGAGUCAUCUAAAGAGGAGGACCAGGAUGGCAGUCGUGUUGGGAAAAGAAAAAGAGUGAAACUAAGUGGCAGUACCAAAGAUCUAACCAUUAUGGGUGUGCUAAAACAUAAAUGCUUUUUAGAAGAAUUAUUGUUUUGGACAAUAAAAUAUGAAUUUCCACAAAAGAUGGUUACUUUUCUACUUAACAUGUUGCCGGAUCAGGAAUAUAAGAUUGCUUUCACCAAGACCUUUGUUCAACAUUAUGCAUUCAUUAUGAAAACUUUAAUGAAAAGCCAUGAAUCGGACACCAUGUCUAAUAGAAUUGUACAUAUUAGUGUACAGUUAUUUAGUAAUGAAGAGCUAGCACGUCAUGUAACAGAGGAAUGUCGUCUUCUAGAAAUAAUGGUGACUGUCCUCCUUUACAUGAUGGAAGGUUGCCUUAUUAAAAGUGACAUUCAAGAUGAAGACAAUAACCAUCAUGUUGUGGUAAACUGUGGAGAAGCACUUCUUAAAAAUAACACUUACUGGCCUUUAGUUAGUGAUUUUAUUAAUAUAUUGUCACACCAAAGUGUAGCAAAGAAAUUCUUGGAGAAUCAUUCAUUGUUGAUGUCAUGGAUGGGUUUUGUUUCUUCUUUUCAAGGUAUGAAUCUGAAUAAGCGUGAACUAAAUGAGCAUGUUGAGUUUGAGUCGCAGACAUACUAUGCAGCAUUUGCAGCUGAAUUGGAAGCAUGUGCUCAACCAAUGUGGGGACUCUUAACACAUUGUAAAGUUAAGGAAACACAAGAGUACACAAAAACUAUGCUUCGAUUCUGCUUAGAGGCACUACAGAUGUGGUUUGAUGCCAUCAGCUUUGUAGAUGAGCCCACAGCUAACCAGGUUACCUUCCAUUUGCCUCUUCAUCGGUACUAUGCUAUGUUUCUGAGCAAGGCAGUAAAGUGCCAGGGCCUUGAUUUGGACAGUCUCUUGCCAGAUCAAGAGGUGCUAAUGAAGAUUAUGGUUCAUCCUCUUCAAAUUCAGGCAAGCCUCUCAGAGAUCCAUAGCAACAUGUGGGUCAGAAAUGGCUUGCAGAUUAAAGGUCAAGCUAUGACUUAUGUCCAGUCACAUUUUUGCAACUCGAUGAUUGAUCCUGAUAUUUAUUUGCUUCAGGUGUGUGCAUCAAGGCUUGAUCCUGAUUACUUCAUUUCCUCUGUCUUUGAGAGAUUCAAAGUAGUAGACUUGCUAACAAUGGCAUCACAGCAUCAGAACUCACUACUUGAUACAGAACAUGAAAGGCCUAUGCUGGAAGGAGCACUUACAUUUCUUGUAAUACUGCUAAGCUUACGUAUACAUUUAGGAAUGACAGAUGAUGAAAUUCUUCGAUCCGAAAUGGUAUCUCAGCUGUGCAUGAAUGAUCGGACCCAUAGCUCUUUACUAGAUCUCAUUCCUGAGAAUCCAAAUCCAAAAAGUGGAAUUGUCCCAGGAAGUUACAGCUUUGAAACAAUGUUAUCUGCAGUUGCAGACUUUAAGGCUCCUGUUUUUGAACCUGGAGGCUCUAUGCAACAAGGAAUGUACACACCUAAAGCGGAAGUCUGGGAAAGAGAGUUUGACCCAAUCAUGGUAAUUCUGCGAACAGUUUACCGCAGGGAUGUGCAGUCAGCAAUGGACAGAUACACAGCAUUUUUAAAACAGUCUGGGAAAUUUUCUGGUAGCCCUUGGCCACCAUAUAAGGAAAGAACACCUCUACACACAUGUUACAGGGGACUUACAAGGCUUCUCCACUGCAAAACGCUGCAUAUUGUGCUGUUUACCCUACUAUACAAGAUUUCAAUGGAUCAUGUAAAUAUGUCAGAACAUAUACUUUGUAUGGUGUUGUAUCUCAUUGAACUGGGUCUUGAUAAUGCUCCACAAGAUGAACUUGAAGAAGAGGAGCCAAACAUUGAUGAAAAUUGCCAUGACAGCUGGUUUCCUGGAACAAACUUGAUCUCUAACUUGCAUCAUGUUAUUAACUAUGUUAGAGUGAGGGUACCAGAAACUGCCCCCGAGGUAAAGAAAGAAACCCCUGCAAGUACUAGCACGGAUGCAUCUACUUUUGCACAGACCUCCAGAUGCAGUGCAAGCCUUCGGAGAGAGAACUCUGGGACCGCUCAGAUUUUUAGCUUGGUUGCUGAAAGAAGAAGAAAGUUCCAGGAGAUAAUUAAUCGAAGCAGUGGAGAAGCCAAUCAGGCUGUUCGACCCAAGUCCUCAUCUACAAAGUGGAACCCCCUCAGCUCAACGCCUCAGCUAACCACAGUGAUUCUAGAAGUCCGAGAAAGCAUUCUGUCCUUGCUUAUUAAGCUGCAUCAUAAACUGUCUGCAAAACAAAAUUCUUUUUACCCUCCAUGGUUAGAAAGCCUAGAGGCUUUUGGCCGCCUUGACUUAGCAAAAUAUGCUCAUGGUGAUGGUAUUACAGCAAUUGAGCGCAUCUUGACAAAGGCAGCUUUUCGAAGCCGACAGAAUAAGCGCAGCAUACAAGAGAUUUGUCGAAAAAUUUCACCCCCUGUUCCACCAAAGAAAACUAGCCCAGCAGACAAAAAAGUCAUGGAUAAAGAGGAAAGGCGACAGAAGGCCAGAGAAAGGCAGCAAAAAUUGCUUGCUGAGUUUGCUUCGAGGCAAAAGAGUUUUAUGGAGACAGCAAUGGAUGUUGAGUCACCUGAAGCUGAUAUUGCAAUGGACCUUGGAUCUUCAGAGCAGCAAAAUGCUGAGAUUUUGUAUGACUGUGUCAUUUGUGGUCAGAGUGGCCCAUCUACUGAAGAUAGGCCUGCUGGUUUAGUGGUAUUGCUACAAGCCUCAUCAGUCUUGGGGCAUCGUUGCAAGAGCAGUGAGCCAAAAAAACUGCCAACCAGUGAUGAAGAGCACAUUUACCCUGAGGAUACUUGCGGGGCAGCCAGUGACGUCAGACUUACGAUGUUGCAGCGUUUCUUUAAGGAUAGUUCAUGUUUACAGUCAAUAUCAAUUGGCUGGGAGGGAGGUGUUUAUGUGCAAACAUGUGGACAUACUUUGCACAUAGAUUGUCAUAAGUCAUAUAUGGAGUCCUUAAGGAAUGACCAGGUUCUUCAGGGCUUCUCAGUUGACAAAGGAGAGUUCACAUGCCCCCUCUGUAGACAGUUUGCAAACAGUGUCCUGCCAUGUCACCCUGGAAAAGGUGUUGCAAGAGUGCCCUGGCAGGGUCAGAAUAACAAGAGUUUAGUGACACUUGUAAAAGAAGUUGAAGAGUUUCAAGAACAGCCAGGAUCAUAUCCUGUAAGCAUCACUUCGGAAACAAACCUCAGCAAGGAAAUGGAAUCCGUAAUAAAAGAUAUAAAGAAUACAACACAAAAAAAAUACAUGGAUUACAGCAAGAGCUUUGGAUCCCCGGAUAAUGACUUUCUCUUUAUGUACUCAGUUGCAAGGACAAAUCUAGAAUUAGAACUGGUACAUCGGGGAGGAGAUUUAUGCUGUGGAGGUGCAAGUGCUGCUGCAAAACGAUCUUGUAUGAAUCACUUGUUUCAUGUACUUGCUAUGCACAUGCGUCUGUAUAGCAUUGAUUCUGCAUACAACCCUUGGACUCGGCUUACCCAACUGAAAUGGAAUAGAGAUUUACAAAGAUCUGAAGAUGAGAGGCCAGAGGUACCAAUACUUUUCCGUGAUGUUCCUUCUCUGCUGCUUAUCUUUGUUUUAACCAUGCCACAGCCAUUGCACAAAGAACAUUUCACCUGCAUUGUGAAGGUGUUGUACACAGUGCAGUACAUCCAAGCCAUUGCAUCACUUUCUGUAAAAUUUAGUGCAGAAGAGAGAAUUGCAUGGGAGACCUCAGGUGCACUUAAGAAGCUUGCUAGCAGUUCUGAAAAAUCCUGGGAAGUGCUGCUGAGCCAUGUGAUCAGCGAGCUGUGGAAAUGCAAAUGUUUUUAUGAAGUGGCAAAUAAUGAAACAUCAGUGAUAAGCUCCUGCAUCUGGUCUCCACAGUCCAUCGAGUAUGCUCUUCAGCAGUACUGCUUACCUUUCCUCAGAAUUACCAGCCUGCUUCAGCAUCACCUCUUUGGGGACGAUUUACCGAGCUGUCUGCCUGAAGAUGAGUUUUCAGUACUAGCAAACUGCCUGGGGCUGCUGCCGUCUAACCUUCAGUUAUCCAACCAACUAAACAGUGCCUACUGUCUUGAAUGGUCCGUCUCUGCCUUUGAGAUCAUAUCGCAGUGGUGUUCUGAAGUGAGGGCGUUUUCAGAGGCGAAUGCUGAACAUGCAGUGGGUUUACUUGUGAAUAAUCCCCACUGGAGUGCACCUCAUCUUCUUCUUUUACCAGAGAACUAUAACACAAUUUUCCAGUAUUAUCACAGAAAACCUUGCACUGUAUGCAAUAAAGUUCCCAAGGAUCCUGCACUUUGCUUGGUUUGUGGUACCUUUGUAUGUCUGAAAGGACUUUGCUGCAAACAACAAAGCUAUUGUGAAUGUGUCCUGCACUCUCAACACUGCGGUGCAGCAACUGGAAUAUUUCUUCUCAUCAAUGCUUCAGUAAUUAUUAUCAUAAGAGGUUAUCGUUUCUGUCUUUGGGGUUCAGUAUACCUUGAUGCUCAUGGUGAAGAGGACAGAGACCUCAGGCGUGGAAAACCACUUUAUUUAUGUAAGGAAAGAUAUAAGGUCUUGGAGCAGCAGUGGGUAUCCCAUACUUUCGACCACAUCAGCAAGAGAUGGGGGCCUCAUUAUAAUGGCUUAUAACACUUCUCAUCACAGAGGGAAUGUUCCUGUAAGAAAAUGGAAUAAACUUAUCUGGAUUUUUCUUGUAGUCUUCAAAAUCACUUUAAAUUGAUAAGUGAACGAAAAACAAAGGGGUGCUGUUUCCACACCAUGAGCACUGUUGAGUAGUACAGGUUUGGUAGGCAUCGCAGUUCAUCUGGAUAUUUCAAGAUGGAAACACUGGAUGGCUGUAGUCCACUUUACCAUAAGGGAUUAUUCCGUUUUAAAUUAAUGAAGUUUCUAAAAAUGAAUUCUAAAAAGCAAAAAAAAAACAACAAUUAAGACAAAUGCUGUUAUUUUGUUUUAUGCACCAGAUCUGUAAUACCUACCCUUUGUUAUCUCUAUUUAUUGCAAACAUUUACUUUUUUAAUAGAAGUUUUUGAGCUGCACUCUUUAAAAUAAAUACUUUAGGUGGUUGCAAAUCAGGUAUCUGGAAAAACAGAUUUACCAGUGUAGUUUUAUAUUUUGAUCAGAAAUUUGCAUCUUAGAAGUUCAGGUCAGCAGCUUGAUCGUGUUUCACAGCUAGUAGAUUUUAAUUUUGAGGACAGUACUUCAAAAUGGGUGGACACUUGGCUCCUUUGAGCUCCGCUAUCAUGCACACAAAGAUUAGACUGUAAUAAACACCGUAAUCCUCUUAUUGCUUUCCUGGCCUGAAUCGCUGUGUUUCAUUGCUCUCUCUCCCUCUCUCCAUCUCUCUGUUUUUUGCUGUCCUUUAUUCAUAAAUGAUAAUUUUCUUAUAGAGUAUGAGAAAAUGUUAGUCAUUGGUUUUAAGGAGUCUUACUUUAAGGUUUGUGCUCAGGGGAGGUGGCUGAAUUACAGUGAAGCACAGAUGUCUCCUUACAGCUUUAGCCAUACACUUCGCAGGUUUGGAGGCUCUCUAAGAAAAAAAAAAAAUCCUUUCUUUAUAGUCACUUGACAGGUAGUCAGUCAAGUAAAAAAAAAUGCUGACAUAUUAAUAAUACAAGAAAUUUUAACUAGGCAAAAAGGUAUUUGCCAGAAUGAUUUGGUAGUUUACUGGAGAUAAUAGCGUAUAGAUUUUCCUGUAUUUACCACAUUUUGAAAAACACCAAACAUGGCAGGUCCUAAUUACUGCCAUGCAUGCCUGCUUUCUAUUACCCAGCAGAGAGGUGUGUGAUUCAGGGGGGAUGUGAUUGGAUUUGUGCAGACUGUCCUGUAAAUGAAACUCUUGUUUCAGGUCUUCUCUGUCAUCCUGGAGGACUGCCUGUUUUGUAUGUGUGUGGCAUAAUCACUACUCUUUCUGCAUGAUUUCCUAAACACAAAAAACAAUCUUAAGACAUGGAUCUAUACGGAGCAAUUAAUCUGCGUUUCAGAAUACACAGGGAGGAGCAGCAGUAAAGAAAUCUAUAUUUUUUUUUUGUGCAGGUGCACUGAGGCCUUUUUGCAAAAUUAUUUUUUACUUUGUGUAUUAAAUGUGAAGCAAAACUACUGUUAGGUCUCCAUUGUGGAGUCGAGAAUAUACUGAAGUCUCUGUGUGUUGUCACCAUUUCAUCAUAUAAGUGUUCUUGAAAGUGCAAAAAAAAAAAUUUUCAAAAGUGCUUUUUUGAAUUUUCAUAUUGACCUAAUCUUCCAUAUCCAACUCUGGAAAUGAUACAUUGUCAAGCACUGGGGAGCCUUUGGUGGCACUUGGAGAUAUUUUCUGCAUAUUGGCAGACAAGCUUGGUCAUGGUGUUGGAAAGGCACGACACGUCAAUGUGAGCACGAGAACUCCCUGGCGUCGGAGAAGCGGAGCAGGACUGUGUUACACCCUGCAUUGGGAACGUGUGAUAGCGCAGAAACAUAUAUGCAUGAAAGAAAGUGCAAACCAGUCAUACGGGCAACAGAUGCGAAAGGAAAGGAACAUUAAGACAAUAGCAAUUUAUUUCCUUUCUGUAGCAGGGCUUUUCACAGGGUCAUCUGAAUGUGCUGAACUCUUAAAAAUCAUGCAGAAACCAAUUAUGUGCUUUAUUUAAAACAGAUUAAAAGAGCCAGUUCAUUCUUUUGAGCUAAAAGAUAAAGAGAGAUCUGAGCGUUAAGUUAAAGAGAUAUGACUUAAAGGCAUUGGGGCCUGGGGGAGUGCGGGUGGGGGUAAGAAAACAUAUUUAUUUAUUUUUUUUUUGUGUUUUAAUUGCGUUGGUCAGAAAGAGUCGCAUUGGGCAAGGACAUGCUGAGAAUGAAAAAAACUUGAAUUCAUGCACGCUGCUGGUCUGUAAACUUUUUAUCUCAUUAAUUUUGUAAACCCCGUUUUGUACAUGAACACUGACACCCAAAAAAAAAAAGAACCGGGAGUGAUGUGUGUAUAAUGUAAUUGAAAGCUGAGUGUUUUAUUGUAAUACUGUAUGAAUGAACAAAAUAAAUACAGUACAUUACUGUAGGUGCUGAAUCAGACUUUCUGAUUGUUAUCAGAAAGUGCGUUUUGGACAUAACAAUUGUAAAAUAUGUUAAUAAAAUACAAAGAGACAUCACAAUGAA